CUUGAAUCGGGCAGCCUUGCUGUUCAAGCUUCAAUUAUCAUCUCCUAGUUCCCUUUAGGAGGUCAAGAUGCUGUCCACGGCUGUUCGACCCGCUCUCCGAGCCAGCGCGGCUGCCGCGUUGCGGCCCGCGACCGUUGCUCCACCGAAUGCCGCGACCUAUGCGACCCUUCGUGAGAUCGAGGGCCGUCUGAAGUCGAUCCGCAACAUCGAGAAGAUCACCAAAACGAUGAAGAUCGUGGCCUCCACCAAGCUCACCCGCGCCCAGCGAGCCAUGGCCGACUCCCGCACCUACGGUCAAACGUCGAACACCGUCUUCGAGAAGGCUGAGACGAAGCCGAUCGAGGCUGAGGGCAAGAAGGAUUUGAUCAUCGUCUGCAGCUCCGACAAGGGCCUCUGUGGUGGUAUUCACUCGGGCUUGUCACGAACGACCCGACGGAUGCUGGCAGCGAAGUCGGAUAUCGAGCUCGUCAUCGUCGGUGAGAAGUGCAAGGCGCAACUCGGCCGAUCCAAUGGCAAAAAUGUUGUUCUCAACUUUGCUGGCAUUGGGAAGAACGUUCCUACCUAUGCCGAUGCUCAAGCCAUUGCCGACCAGGUCUCGCUUCUCUCGACCGACUAUGCUUCCGUCAAGAUCAUGCACAACAAGUUCCUCAAUGCUUCGAGCUAUGAGCCAGUCACAGUUGAGGCUUUUUCCGAAGAAGCUAUUGCCAAUUCUCCGAACUUCGCUGCUUUCGAGAUUGAGGACGAGACUCUCUCUAACCUCCGCGAGUAUGCUCUUGCCAAUUCAUUAUACUGGGCACUCACCGAAGGCCAUGCUUGCGAGAUCUCUGCUCGCCGCAAUGCCAUGGAUAACGCCUCAAGCAACGCCAACGAUAUGAUCAACAAGUUCCAGAUUCUCUACAACCGAACCCGUCAAUCCGUCAUUACUGGAGAACUGGUCGAGAUUAUCACUGGUGCCAUCGCAUCGGAGGAUAUGUAA